AUGGCUGUGGAGGAGAGUGCGAUGGGAGAUUCGCAAUAUUAUUGGAUUAGUUACUCGCACACGAACAUUCAUGAAGAGAUGAUAAACGACGAGCAUCGAACGAAGACGUAUAAAGAAGCGAUAGAGUAUUACUGUAAAGACAAAGUAGUCUUAGAUGUAGGAUGUGGGACUGGGAUCUUGUCGUUGUUUGCUGCGCAAGCGGGAGCGAAGAAAGUGUAUGCGAUAGAGAUGAGUGAUAUAGCUGGGUUUGCAGCGUAUAUAGUUCGGCAUAAUAACUAUGAGAAAGUGAUUCAAGUGAUACAAGGUCGUGUAGAAGAUAUAGAAGUUCCUGAGAAGGUAGAUAUAAUAGUUAGUGAGUGGAUGGGAUACAAUUUAUUGUUUGAAGGAAUGCUUUCGAGUGUUUUAACAGCAAGGAGAUUUCUUAAAGAAGAGAGAAAAGAGCCCGUCAUGUUACCUAACAAGUGCCACCUCUUCAUCUGCGGAAUCGAAGGCAAUGAGGAAUAUAUAACAAAAAGAAAAACAUUUUGCGAAUUAUAUGGAGAUAUGGAUUUGACAGAAAAUCUCCCACUGAUGGAAGCAGUCAUUAAGGACAUUAAGGAAAAUCGAGUGGUCACGACGCGAACGGUCGUGGCGGAUCUUAACUUGGAAACUAUGGUUGGAGACGAAGUCAAUUUCUCGGCACCGUUUGAAAUUACAGUGACAAGGAAGACGGAAAUGAGUGGAUUUUGUUGUUACUUUGACUGCUUUUUUGAUCAUCACUCAAUCUUGACAACUCAACCGGGACAAUCAACUCACUGGAAACAAACACUCUUCUUUUUAAAAUACCCUCUCAAAAUGGAGAUGGGAGAUCGAAUCGGCGGAAUAUACGUCUGCAAACAAAACGCAACUAAUCAGAGAAAUCUCGACAUCUCUAUCAACUUCUCUAAAAAUAACGUCUUGUAUCAGAUGAACUAUUUUUUGAACUAA